GAAGGGAGCCUGACCGGAAGCGGAACUGGAGUGAUACGGCUACGAGUUUCUGCCGGGACAGUCGAGGAGCUGCACCUCUCCCGGGCCACCAUCCCGAGACUUCCCGUCGCCACCAACCGCCAGUAACUGCCACAAACUGCCGGCUCCGCGGAGGCGCCAUGGAGGAGGCGGAGAUGCAGCUCAAGGGGAAGAAAGUUACAGACAAAUUCACAGAGAGCGUUUAUGUCCUGGCCAAUGAGCCUUCCGUGGCAUUGUAUCGCCUACAGGAACAUGUGAGGCGCUCCCUGCCGGAGUUAGCCCAACAUAAGUCUGACAUGCAGAACUGGGAGGAACAGAGCCAGGGGGCCAUCUAUACUGUGGAGUAUGCUUGCAGUGCUGUGAAGAACUUGAUGGAUAGCAGUGUUCAUUUCCGAAGCAUUGAGGGCUUACUGAAGCAGGCCAUCAGCAUCAAGGACCAGAUGAAUUCUGCUCAGGGUCGAAGCCCUGCUGACCCGAAGCCUCCUUCCUUGACCUGAUUUUUGGAUGAGGCAAAUCUUUCUCCACCUUCUCAGGUAACCCAUGUGUUCCAGGCAGCAAAGGCCCCCAGAAGACCAGUCAGGCUCAGGAGCCAGAAGCACCAAGGAAGAGAAAAGCACUUGUCACCACUCCCUCUGACUCAGAGGCUCUGGUGGCCUCACCGGGUGUGUAUCAAAUUGAUCUCCAAUAUGAGCAGAAGACAUUUCUGAAAACCUUUGACUGUGGUUCUUUGUCUUAGGAGGAAAUCUUUUGGCUUUUACCACUAACUGAGAAGACUGAUUGAUGUCUUCCUCCUUAGGGAAGAGUCCCCUUCCCCAGGACCACCAAGGCUCAUCUUUCUGAUGGGGGAGCAAGUAAGUGCGUAUGGCUUCCUGGUCCCAAAGGCUCAUCUGAUAAAUGGUUACCUUUUUGUACACAUUAUCAGAGAAGGGACCUUGGAGGCCAUGUGCAAAAACAGGUCAAGACAAGGGAAGUGACUUAACUUGCCCAAAGCCCCACACUAUGAGUCAGUGGUUGAGCUGGGCCUCAAACCUCAGUCUUCUCACCCUCUUGUGUACUUUUUUUCCUUUGUGCUUCUUGUGUACUUUUCACUUCAUACCACAAUGGUACAAAGGUUAACCAGCUUGUGAAGGGACUGGGACAAGGGCACUGAGUACCAGGCUAAAUAGGUAGUAUGUGACUAAGUGGAUGAGGAUCCCAGAGCAAAAGAAGCCAGAGAAUACUGCUGUGACUUGGGGAUGACAAAGGGCCCACAAGUUUGGGAGCCUUAUCAAAUCUCUUGAGUGGAAAGGGCCUCAGGGGGCAACCUUGUUGUAUUGUGUAGUCACGUCCAACUCUUUGUGAUUCUAUAGACCAUAGCACACCAGUGCUGUCUGUGGGCUUUUCUUGGCAAAGAUACGGGAGUGGUUUGUCAUUUCUUUUUCCAGGGAAUGAAGGCAAACAGAGGUUGAGUGCCCAGGGUUACACAGUAAGUGUCUGAGGCCAGACACAUUCCUCUGCUCCAAUAGCAAGGGAUACAUUCUCCCUGGUGCUAAGUCUCAGUUUCUACAUAUGGUCCCACCAAGUUUAUAUAACACCUUAUAUGUGCUCCAGAUGGUUUCUAGUUACAAAGUGGGGUGAGAACACCCCCACCCUUUUGAUGGAUUUUUCAGGAUCCUAGGGGAAACCCUGUUGAGAAGACUCUAGCUUUUGAACUUCCAUCCAAUAUUCUCUAUCUAUAAAAUCAGCUAUUCCUAAGACAAUGCAUUCAGGCAGUCAAUAAACCUUUAUUAAAUAACUAACAUGUACCAGGCUCUUUGUCAAGUUCUGGGGAUAGAAAAUGAAGUAUAAAAAGCCCCUACCCUUGAGGAGUUUCCAGUCUAAUGGGGAGACAAGCAAACAAAUAUAUACACACAAACUUCAUAGGAGAUAAUUAACAAAAAGAAAAGCACUAGAAUUAAGAGGGAUAGGGAAAGGUUUCCUGUACAAAGUAGGAUUUUAUUUGGCCCUGAAAGCCAGAAGGUAGAAAUGAAGAGGGAGAGGAUUCCAGGUAGGAGGGACUUAGAGAAAAUGUCCAGAAACUAAGAGAAUUUCUGGUUCAUGGAGCAGCAAGGAGGAAUAAAGUGUAAGAAGACUGGAAGGUUGGUGGGGGAGUACAUUAUGAAGGGCUUGGAACGGGAUUUUGGAUUUGAUCCUCAAAGUAAUAGGGAGCCCCUGGAGCUUACUGAAUAGGGAUGUGUAAUUGAGGAAAAUCACUUUUGGUGGCUGAAUGCAGGAUGGAGUGGAGUGGGAAGAGAUUUGAGGCAAACAGACCUAUCAGUAGGCUGUUGAAAUUCACACAGUAUAUGAUAUUUACAAAGCCAGCUGCUCAUAAUAAUGAAUAUCUACUUAAUAAGGGGAAAUAAGCCAUUAUAUAUGUAUAUGUAACCAAAUACAUAAAUGAUAAAACUAUAUCACAAGAUAUAUCUAACACCAGAUCACCCGGUCCCACCAAUACACUCAAUAGCUAUAGUGAAGAGUGGUCACACACUUACAGGAACCUGGUAGGGAAACACAUGAGGAAGGAAUACUUGUGCUUAGGGUACUUUACAACUCCAGACUGCAGGCUUCAAUGUUUUGGUCCAUUUAGGAACAUUUGCAUCACCCAAAAAACUACUACUCACUGCUUGACUGUUGGGCCUUGCCACUUUAGCUGGGGAAACCGUCUUCUCUACUAGAACAGAGCCUUUAUAAACUCUUUCAAUGAACCCUUGAAAGGGCAUUUAGAAAAUGUGAAUAGCAGUUCUCUUCAAGCUAAAGAAGGAUAAUGCUUUAUCCCAUUGGCCUACAGGCUAUACAAACCAAACCAGCCAGUUAUUUGCUCACCAGGAGGCUGUGCUGCCCUAUCGGUACAGAGUUCACAGCAACCCAAUCUCAGCUCCCCCUUUCAGCCAGCUCACCAGGAACUGCCCUCUGCUUUUCCUUUUCCAAGUCACACUUGGCAUAGAACAGGGCUUCUUAAACUUUUUCCACUUGUGACCCCUUUUUGCCUGAGAAAUGUUUACUGGACCCCGAGCAUUAUAGGUAUGCAAAACAAGCAUACAUAAUCUUACUAUAGCUAAAUUUUUCUUGACCCCCACGUUUGGUUAUGUCACCCCAUGUGGGGUCUCGACCUACUGUCUAAGAAACAUUGGCAAAGAACAAGCCCUUAUGUGAAGCUCUCCAACUCUAGGUGUCGUGGAAGAGCAGUGACCCGUUUGUUCACUGAAAGAGCUUACAAAGGCUAAGUAGAGAAGAGAUGGACCCAGCUGAAGAGUAGUGAGGAUCAACAAAAAGGCCGGCUGUUCCUGGAGCUCUAGGUUGUUGACUUUCUGACCACUCAUGGAAUCGCUCAGCUGAAGUCUUCUCUUGGUUGACUGCUUCUAAAUGCCACACCUCCAGUGGAAAAGCUUUUUCAACUCCCCUCCUGCCCUCUUCCUCUCCUGCUGCAAUCCUCAAUGAUGUCUCUUGCCCUUCUGAAAGAGUGUUUAAUGUUUUAAGUGAGAGCCUGCAGAUUCUCAGUGACUCACCUACUGAAAAAGUCACAACCCCUCGGGUUUCCCCAAUCAAAUUGGUAGGUUUUUAGAAUCACACCUCAGUCUCCAAAUGUCUAUGUGAUUCCUCAUUUUCUUAGUUUUAAUGGCAGCUAGUGGAUAGAGUGCCGGGCCUUGAGUCAGGAAGACCUGAGUUCAAAUUCAGCCUCAGGCACUUAUUAGCUGUGUGACCCAGGGCAAGUCACUGGGAAUAAUAGCACCUAUUUUCCAGGAUUGUGAGGAUCAAAUGAAACAAUAUUUGUAAUACUCUUAGCAAGCUUUGGUAUACUAGUACUCCUCCUUGCCCUUAAGCUGUGAUCCAAUACUUCAGCCUGGAUCCAUGUAUGGGCAGUGCAACAGAGUCCUACACCCAGUGCAAGCAGAGACCUUGGUAAGCUUCUGACCGGUUAUGGAGAACUCACACAAGGCAGGCUGUCACACAAGGACCCUCUUAAGGUCUCUCUGAAGAACUUUGGAAUUGAUUGUGAGACAUGGGAGUCUGGUACAGUACCGCCCAGCAUGGCAUCAAAGAAGUGUUGUCCUCUAUGAAUAGAGCCAUCUCCACUCCAAGUGUUCAUAUGGACUCUGUGCUUGACCUGUGGUAAAGCCUGCCAACCUUGUAUUGGUCUGAUCAGUCACAGUCAAGACACACUGUACCUUUACCCCAACAGAGAAGGAAGGACAACAACCAUACCAUACUUUCUCACUUGUUGGUCUCUUCAGACAUUCGAUUGAACAGCAUUCAUUAAGUGCUUAUUGUAUGCAUCAACUCCCAUGGAUUCAUUUAUCCUCUCCAUAUAGAUGAUUCCUGUAUCUGCAAAUUCAGCCCUAAUCUCAUUUCUGAACUCUAGUCUCACAUUACCUAUUGGACUGACUACUGGACAUUUCAAACUGCCCCAUAGGUAUCUCAAAAUCAGCAUAUUCAAAACAGAAUUAAUUCUCUUUACCCUAAAACUCAUAUCUCUUCUGAACUUCCCUGUUACUUUGGGGGGCAUUGUCAUCCUUGUGGUCAAAUCACCCAGGUUCGCAACCUUGGUAUCAUCCUUGAUUUCUCUUUUACCCCACAUGUCCAGUCAAUUGCCAAGUCUUGUAAUUUCGUUGUAAUAUCUCUUGCAUGUGUCUUCUUCCCUACACUCACAUCAUAAUUUAUUUCAGGCCAUUAUCUCUUGCCUGGGGUAUUUUAAUAACCUCCUUAAUUGGACUCUCUGCCUCGUCUAUUCCCAUUCCAAUCUAUUCUCCACACUAAGGCUGAAGUGAUUUUCUUAAAGCAUAGGUCUGACCAUGUCUGCCUUCCCUACUUAAACUCCUUUGACCUCUGGGAUUAAACAUAAAUUUCUCUUUGUGGCAUUUAAAGUUCUUCAUGACCUGGUCUUACUCUCCAUGGCACUCUAUGGUCUAGCCUUACUGGCCUUCUUGCUGUUCCUCACAUAGCACACUCCAUCUUCCAUCUUUGUGCUUUGCACUGGUUGUCCUGUCCCCCAUGCCUGGAAUUCUCUCCCUCACUUCUGCCUUCUGAUAUUCCUAACUUCUUGCUGUGGGAGGCUUUUCUUAGUUUCUCCUAGCUGCAUGUUUUCCCUCCGAGGGGGGGAUUACCUUGAAUUCAAUUCAUAUAUGUCUUUUAUACAGUUUAUCUAUGUGACAGUCAUUCAGACAAGGCUUGGACUAGUUGCCUCUUGAGGGGACUAAGUUACUAAAGACUCUGGGAGUUAUAGUUUGACCAUCCUGGAAAAAUACAAAGCUAUCAUGGGCUUGGAACUGGGCAAUGGAAUCUCCUGUUGUAGUGGUUUAAAAUGCUCUUGAGAGACAUAGGAAGAGACCCAAAGACUGUCAACAGGGAUUAUAAGGAGUGGGGACCCCAGCAGCAUUGAGGAGCAGUGACAGAAUCAGUCUGCUUUCCAGAACUCACUCUAACCCCUGUAGGGGCUGGAGCCUUUUCCUUUCCUUGGCCCUCAAUUCAGUUUUUUUGUU